UCGGGGAGAAGGUCAGGACACUCUUCAUCAUUAUUAACUGGCCCCAUAUAGCUGCACCUGUUUUUUGUUUUUUUAUCAUCGACAGAGACUGAGGGGAAGCUAAAUGCGGUAUUUAUAUCCUGGGAAUAUUUUGAUCACUUUGCCUCCAGCUCUCCAACAUCAGACCUUUCACACGAGGUGGAAAAACCACGCAGACAAUUUCGCGGUUUGAGGAUUGUGCAGACACUGCUGAUGAUGAUUUGGUGCUUCCAGACUGUAUUGUUGUUCAUAGCUCACCUGGUUCUCUCAGACUGGGCCCCGGCUGCCCCCCCAACCCAAAACAGCUUCUUCUACAGUGACUACCUCAAUGAAAGCGGCAACAACCAACUUCAUUUUAUUGGUAUGAAACUCUACGUGGACUCUGCUGAGCCAUCAGUGCUUUCGGUCAGAGGGGGUAAUGCGACCCUACAAUGCAGAUUUUGGUAUGAGCCUGUGCCGAGCUCACCAAGGGAGGUCCGGGUCAAGUGGUCCUGGCUGCCCGCCGCUGGGGGACAGGAGACUGACGUGAUCGUGGCUUUCGGGACUCGAUUUCGAAGUUUUGGAGAUUUCAGGGGUCGUGUGCAGCUCCGACAGGAUUUCCCAGGAGAUGCUGCACUUGUGUUGAAUAAACUCUGGCUGAAUGAUACAGGUCGCUAUCGAUGUACUGUCGUGGAUGGACUGGAGGACCAAAGCACAGUGGUUCACCUAGAGUUACAAGGUGUGGUCUUUCCCUACCAACACCCUCAUGGUCGUUACCAUCUGAGCUUCCUGGGAGCCCAGCAAGCCUGUAAGGAGCAGGACUCGACAGUGGCCACCAUCACACAGCUCUUCCAGUCUUGGAAAGAGGGAAUGAACUGGUGCAAUGCCGGCUGGCUGGCUGAUGGGACAGUCCAGUAUCCGAUCUCCCAGUCCAGGGAGCCCUGCGGGGGAGCCCGCCUCGCCCCAGGUGUCCGCCGCUACGAUAGACUUCACCUCUACCCUAAUCACUACGAUGUCUUCUGUUUCUCCUCUUUGCUCCAAGGGAGAGUCUACUACCUUCAGUCCUCUCACAAGAUGAACCUGACUGAAGCUCAUCAUGCGUGUCAGGAGGACGGAGCAGAGAUUGCCAAAGUUGGACAGCUGUAUUCUGCGUGGAAGUUCACGGGGCUUGAACGCUGUGAUGCCGGCUGGCUGGCCGAUGGAAGCGUUCGCUAUCCCAUCACCAGACCUCGAAGUAACUGUGGUCCGUCUGAGCCAGGGGUACGCAGCUUUGGUUUCCCACCUCCACAGCACAAGCAUGGAGUCUACUGCUACAAGUUAGAUACUGAAAGAGUGUAG